AUGCUAGUUACGUUGCUACAUUACAGCCUCAGCCAUGAGCACCCAUGGCGGCGGCUAGCCGGCACCAUGACAUCGUAUUCUCCCCUUCUCGUCAUCCUUCUGUGUUCUCUCCUUGUCCAACUAAUUAUCCGCUGCUAUGUAAGAAGGGAAGGAGACCUACUCAGCAAGCUCCCCUCGCCACCGAGUAGGCUUCCAGUCAUCGGCCACCUGCACCUCGUCGGCUCCCUCCCGCACAUAUCCCUUCGUGACCUUGCUGCCAAGCAUGGUCCUAACCUCAUGCUCCUCCGCCUUGGUGCGGUGCCAACCAUCGUUGUGUCCUCAUCUAGUGUGGCACAGGCGAUCCUACGCACACAUGACCAUGUGUUCGCGUCUCGACCUUACUCCGUCAUAGCUGACAUCCUGUUUUAUGGCUCAUCUGACAUCGUCUUCUGCCCCUAUGGUGAAUACUGGCGGCAGGUGAAGAAGAUUGCCACCACACAUCUCUUGACCAUGAAGAAGGUCCGAUCCUUUGGCCAAGCACGCCAACAAGAGGUGCGGUUGGUGAUGGAUAGGAUUGCUGAGGCAGCAACUUUGCAUAUGGAGGUGGAUCUGACUAAGCUGCUCUGUUGCUACUCCAAUGACAUGGUGUGUCAUGCGGUGUCAGGCAAGUUCUUUCGAGAAGAAGGCCGGAAUCAGCUAUUUCAAGAGUUGGUUGAAGCCAACUCAUUACUCCUUGGUGGUUUCAACAUCAUAGAUUACUUUCCUAGCCUAGCGAGGAUAGAAAUCAUUAGGAAGAUACUUUGUGCCAAGGCCCAUAAGGUCAAUCGGAGAUGGGACCAGGUACUUGAAAAGCUCAUUGAUGACCAUGCCAACAAGCAAAGAUCCUCCUCGUUAGUUAACCACAAUGAUGAGGAAAGUGAUUUCAUCGACGUCUUGCUCUCUAUUCAGCAUGAAUACAACCUUACUAGAGAUAAUAUCAAAGCACUUUUAGUGGUCAUGUUUGAGGCUGGCACAGAGACAUCAUUCAUAGAGCUAGAAUAUGCUAUGUCUAAGCUAAUGCAGAAGCCUUGGGUAAUGGCCAAGCUACAAGCCGAAGUGAGGAGUGUGGUACCGAAGGGGCAGAAAAUAGUUACAGAAAAGCAGUUGGGUAAUAUGCCCUACUUGAAGGCAGUGAUCAAGGAGACGCUUCGGCUACACCCUUCAGCGCCGCUUCUAGUGCCCCACUUUUCCAUGGCUGACUGUAGGGUUGAUGGCUACACAAUACCCUCUGACACUCGUAUCAUCAUCAAUGCAUGGGCUCUCGCCAGGGACCCUAGCUACUGGGAGAAUGCCGAGGAAUUCAUGCCAGAGCGAUUCAUCAACAACACAACAAUUGACUACAAUGGAAACAAUUUCAAUUUCUUAAUGUUCGGAAGUGGGCGGAGGAUGUGUCCAGGUAUAAACUUUGGAAUCGCUGCCAUUGAGAUCAUGCUAGCAAGCCUUGUGUACCGUUUCGAUUGGGAGUUACCGGGAGAUCAAGGAGGGAUUGACAUGACCGAGACUUUUGGGGUGUCUGUGCACCGCAAGGAGAAGCUCCUCCUUGUUCCACGUCUCCUUUGA